AUCCAUCCAUUCAUUCCCUCCAUUCCUCUGCACUGGACUGCACUGCGGCUGCACUCCAUAUCCUCUCCUCUCCUCUCCUCCUCUCAUCUCCUGCCUUCCCCGCUUGCUUCUCUGUAUCAUCAUCUGCUCAAAAGGAGUGCAGCGACGAGAAAAAGGAGAGGAACACCAAUCCGAGCAUCCAACGCUUCCUCGUCCGCUGUAUAUAAAACCGACCCCCUUUGCUGGCUCCAUCCAUCCAUCCAUCUAUCCGUCUCACUUCCUCCCCUGUUCCGUUCCAUCGCCCGAUCUGCUUCUUCUACUUCUGUCUGCUCUUAAUUGGAGUACCAAGUUAUCACCUGCAGUUCCCUGAUAAUUUUGGGAAGAGGCAAGGACAGGAUGCCCUGGGCAGGGACGACGUCCGUUCGGCUGGCGGUGUUCUUCCGCGUCAUCCUGUGAUCGAUCUGGUCACGGGCAAGGCGAUCGGUCACCGGCGGUGAGGGGAUCCGAGCCGUGCCGCGGCGGAGGACAUGUGCGUUGGGUUCAACGGGAGGAGCCUUGACACCGUCGUUAUGACAAGUGGCGCCGUCGCAUAUUACUACAGAUUGAUGCAAGUGUGCCAGGCCGAAUACUUCCGCCAGCUGCUCAAGCCCGUGACGUAGAUUAGCUCACGCACACAUUCCAUCCAAACAGCCUGAAACCCCCAAACAAACUAACCAAAUCAAUUUUGAAUUGGACCAAAAAAAAAAAGCCAAGCUCCAGUUAGCAAAACACCUUUGAAUUCAUACUUGUUUAGUUUCGUUUCAAUCAAAAGCAAAACAUUUCCUGCUUUCCCAGACAAACACAGCCACACAAAACCAGCACGAAUUUGAGCAGCACCCGAUGCAGGGCGACCCAGGGUACGGGUACGGUGGCUACGGCUACGGCUACGGCUAUGGCUACGGCGGCGCCGGCUACGACAUGGCCGGCUACGGCGGCGGCGGUGGAGGGUACUACACGAGCGAUCCGUACAAUGCCGCUCCUGCUGCUUAUGAAGACCCGCUCGCCGUCGCUGGUCGGAGGCAGCACGACUUCCCGGCGCCGCUCACCGGUGUCGAGUUCCAGCCGUCGGACACCUGCCCCAAGAACUACGUCAUCUUCGACCAGACCUACGACCGGAGCCGGGUCAUGUUCCACCCUUCGCUGGCCAACAACCUGGGCAACUCCGGCGGCGGCUACGACCACCACCACCACUGCGGCUACGGCGGCUUCGAGCAGGACUACGCCAGCAAGAGCGCCUACUAUGGCGUCGAGGACGACGGCGGCGGCGGGUGCUCGAUCCGGCAGAAGGAGGACACCGACGAGAUCGACGCGCUGAUGAGCACGGAGGACGGCGAGGAGGAGGACGACGUCCUGAGCACGGGCCGCACGCCUGGGUGCCGGGCCGGGGGCUCGCCGGACUCCACGUGCUCGUCCGGCGCGUCCAGGUCCGACUGCGGCGGCGGGCGGAAGCCCGAGGCCGGCGGCGGCGAGAGGAAGAAGGAGCGGAUGAAGAAGAUGAUGCGGACUCUCAAGGGGAUCAUCCCCGGCGGCGACAGGAUGGACACCCCCGCCGUCCUCGACGAGGCCGUCCGCUACCUCAAGUCGCUCAAGGUGGAGGUCAAGAAGCUCGGCGUGCGUGGCUCAAGCAGCUAGCGCGCGCCACAACAUCCACAGUCAAAAAUCUUCCUACUUUCACCCUUUGGCAGAUAAGACGAGACUGACUGGAACUCUUGUUCGAAAAAGCCCAAAAGCCGAGACUGCCAUGAUCGUCCUGCCUGCCAACCUCUCGAUCGUCCCGAGGAUCGAUCGGUGGAGAAGAAGGAUUCGGGAAACAGAGCUCCGUCGCCGCACGCUUUUCUUGCUUUAUUUCGUUCUCGAUGGCUCUAGCUGCGUGCGUGCAUGGAUUGUGUUGCUUUCUUUUUCUUUUCUACUUCUUUUCUUUUUUCAGAACUUGCUGCUUUUAUUUCUUGUUCCUUUCAAUGGUGCCUCGUGUUGUAACUAUCAUGCAUGCUGAUGAUAUACACCGUGUUUUUUUUGCUAUC